GUUUUCCCACGUGUUGCGACAGGGGGAUGGGUUCAAAAAAAAAUUGUGUUAAUAGAUGAUCUUCACGUAUACCUCUUCAAGUCAACUGGACAGGUAGGUAACGAUGGCCACAUCGUCCUUUCUAAUGAAUACUAUAUCAUUUUAUCAAGUUCCAAUUGAUGUCUUGUCAAAUGGCUUUGUGAAUACCCAGGAAUUUGAUUUCUCGUGUAGAGCUCGGAUCGUUGGGGUGCUCCAGCAAAAUGGAUGGUCUUAUGUCUCGCACGGUUGCAGCAGGAAGUUAGACAAAUCAGGUACUUCACUCCGGUGCAACAGAUUCCUAUCGCCAAACGUGACUUGGAUUUUCAGGUCAUGUGUUGAGGUUAGUUGUUUGACAAUGGCGAAGAUAGUGCUUUGUUUGUCGUGUUUCACACAGAGAUGACGAAACUCACCAAGAUAGAAGCAUCCUCACUAGCUCUCGAAGAGCGGUGGCGUGUUGGAUCUAACAAGAUGCCUAGAAGAACUUCCUGGCAAGCAAUGCCUCUUUCAGAUUCAGAUCACACUUUACAAUUUCACUCCCAACAACCGCACCUUAAUAGUAUCUGCAAUUUGAGGAUGUAGCAGUGAAGAUUUAUUCAGGGGUAAGCUAGCUUAGUAAGUUAAAAUAACAUAGUCAACAGGGGUGAUCUGAAAUAACUUAUCCACCAUUUAGUUCUAAUAUCAAAGCAGCAACACAUCCCUAUAAGCGGCAGGGCUGAUUACACAACCACCUGCUUUUGGCAGCAACUCGGUGGAUGAGGCUACAAAAGUGGUGGAUGUUGAUAAACCAACACACCUAGCUUUGGAGACGAUGAUAAAAUCCGCAAACGCCCCUCCGAGUGAAUGUUGGAAGUAUAGCAAGUCGUCUUUUACACUAAGUUUUCUUAUCCUCCCCUAUAAACUCUACGCAAUAACUCUUUCCCUUUGUUUGUUAUUUUUGUUUUUUUUUUUUAAAUUCCCUGCAACAAGCUCCAUGUGAGAACAAUGUUAUUUCAAUUUAAAUUAAGGGAAGGUUGACUGGC